AUGGCUCAACCUGAGGCCCAUGAAAUCCCUACAAGGCGCACACCUGCGCACUGGAGAAACAAAGAAAUCACCGCACUUGUUAAUCAUAUGUACGAUAACCGUGCAAGUGGUGAUACCUCCGGCAACUUCAAGCCACAGGUGUAUACUUCUGCACUAACAGUCAUCAACGAUGAUCCCGACCUUCAACCAUUGCGGAUCGGUCCAGCAAAGACCGUCAAGAUGGUGAAGAGCAAGUGGGCAUCACUCAAGUCUAUUCAUCACGCUAUCGAUAAAUACCGCAACCAGACCGGUACACACUGGGACGGUGCCAAUGGAGCUGGGAUCCAUGGCCCUGCAGCGUCCGCUGUGUGGGAUUCGCUGGCCUUACUUUGA